GGGACAAUAAGAGGCCAACCUUUUCCACUGUGGUCAGAGCAGGGUUUGGUGAGAAAAAACACUGGGGACAUCGGAUUUCAGGAUUGAAUUUACAGUCUUUAACAUUUUUGUAGUUUUGCUCGGUGAAAUUUGUCGAAAUGUCCAACAACAAUGCCAGCAACAACUUGAUCAUCGCUCACAGGGCUGUCAAGCAGUUAAGGUUCGAGGCCAGUAUCCGCAGGAUCAAGGUGUCCCAGGCUGCUGCUGAUCUAAGGAACUUCUGUCUCCAAAAUGCCUCCAAGGACCCUCUUCUGGUGGGGGUCCCAUCCAGCGAUAAUCCUUUCAGACCCCCUAAAUCCUGCUCCCUGUUUUAAAACAUGAAGAUACUCCUGACAUUUCCACUGAAGGCCGCUUCCACCUGUUGUACAGAUCUACCAGCAGCACUAACAGGAGACCGGUCCAGGCCUAGCUUUUGCCAAAAUGAAUGGUAUAAAAUCUUGCAACUGUUACAUUCAGACUUAUGUUUUAUGUUAUUCGUAUUAUGGACAUCAACUUCAUAAAUUGUUGAGUAAUUUAUUUAUUCUUUGUAUAUUCUUUCCACCCUGAUGCUAAAUCAAUACACACUACAUAUCUCGGCCAUCAGCAAGAAACUAUUCAAAUCAUGUGAUGAAUAAACACAAGAAUUUUAUUGUAAAAACACUACUAAAAUGGCAGCCAGCAUUUAGCAUAGUGCCCUCCUGUUUUACCUAUCACAUUUAGACAUAUGGUACACACCAAGACACACGAUUGUAAUGUUUGGAUGUCUGUUAUGUCUGUAUUUAAUGUUAUGUCAAAAUGAGCUUCUAUGUCUUUAAUUUAAGAAACACACAAAAGCCUUAAACAUUAUACAUAAGGUUGUGCAGAUAUUGCCAAAUGUUUGACUGUGAUAUUAUAUUUAUUAAAUUAGGCUGCAAUGGAGCUGUCAAUAGUAUACACUGGAGUUUACCAGUCAACCCAAACAUUUGUCUUUAACUUCUGAGCUGUUGGAGCCAACAUUUAGAAAAUAAACUUUAUUAAGCACACUA